UUGCCAUCUUCCACUAAGCCACUAACCCUCCAUCACUCAUUCCUCCAAUGGAAACCACCGGAGCCGGUAACGACGGAGGACGAUUUCCGCAACCGCCACAGGAACCGAAUCUAAGACCACAGUGGCAACGCCCAAGUGCCACCGCGCAGGACCUCAUUCUGCAACCCGAGUGGCGGCGACAGAGGCCACCCGCUCCUCCCGCGCAGCCUUCCGGUCGCGGCGCCGACGAGGACCUGCUUCUCCAGCCGGAAUGGCGCCGCUCGAAGCCUAGCGCCGGUGCCGCCGUGUGGGAGCCUGAAUGGAGGCGAUCGAGACAGACUCAAACUGCAUUUCCGUGGAAUCAGAAUUUCGGCGUUCGCAAACAGGCCGCGUCGAGUUCCGGUGGCGUUGAAAGGCGCGGAGACCCUAGCGAACGCUCGCGACUUGCUCCGGCUACGGAUUCUGUAGUUUCCAAAUUGGAAAGACUGCAAAUAUCAAAACAGUUAACUGCAUCAACCUGUACACUUGAUAAAAGGGAUAGAAUUUCUCCUAUUCAGAGACCUGACAAUGGUGGCACGAUUGCGAUUUUAACUAGCAGACUUCGUGUCAAUCAUUUCCCUGUUAAGUUUGAUCCAGAGAGUUUAAUAAUGCAUUAUAAUGUUGUUGUCAAACCUAUAGUAUCUUCAAAACUUGGCCAGCCUCAGCAAUUAUCUAAGUCUGAUUUAUCCAUGAUCAGACAGAAACUGUUUUCUGAUCAUCCUGAGAGAUUGCCCUUGGAGAUGACUGCGCAUGAUGGCGCAAAAAAUAUUUAUAGUGCAGUACCAUUACCAGAAGAGACCUUUACUGUCGAUAUCUCUGAAGGAGAGGAUGAAAAGACCAUUUCAUAUAGUGUUACCUUAACACUUCUUAAUAAACUCAGGCUUCACAAGUUAAUGGAUUAUCUUAGUGGGCAUAACCUCUCCAUUCCUAGGGACAUCUUACAAGGGAUGGAUGUGGUGGUGAAAGAGAAUCCAGCUAGACGUACUAUUUCUGUCGGACGACACUUCUAUCCUACAAAUCCUCCUGUAGUAAUGAAGGAUCUUCACCAUGGGGUAAUUGCUGUUGGGGGUUUUCAGCAUAGUUUAAAGCCUACAUCUCAGGGUCUGUCCUUAUGUGUAGACUACUCUGUAUUGGCUUUCCGAAAGCAAAUGUCAGUCUUGGAUUUCUUGCACUUGCGUAUUGAUAAUUUUAAUUUGGAUGAAUUUGAAAAAUUCAGGAAAUUCGUUGAGGAGGCACUUAUUGGAUUGAAAGUUAAUGUGACUCAUCGAAAAUGCAAUCGAAAAUACAUUAUUUCAAGAUUAACACCUAUGAUUACAAGGUAUGUCACUUUUCCCGUUGACAAUACCAGUGGCUGGAGUCCCUCAAAGGAUGUUAGUCUUCUUUCCUUUUUUAAAGACAAAUAUGGCAAGGACAUUGUAUUAAAAGAUAUUCCCUGUCUAGAUUUAGGGAAAGACAAGAAGAAAAACUAUGUACCCAUGGAGUUCUGUGUUUUGGUUGAGGGCCAAAGAUAUCCCAAAGAGCGUCUGGAUAGUAUUUCUGCAAAUACAUUGAAAGCAAUGUCACUAUCUCACCCAAAUGAGAGAGAGUCUGCAAUACAUAAGAUGGUGCAGUCUAGUGAUGGACCUUGCGGCGGUGAUCUUAUUCAAAAUUUUGGAAUGAGUGUCAACACAACCAUGACAACUAUUGUAGGACGUGUAAUUGGCCCUCCAGAAUUGAAGUUAGGUGAUCCAAAUGGAAAGAUAAUCAAAGUGACAGUGGAUCUGGAGAAAUGUCAUUGGAAUCUUGCUGGAAGAUCAAUGGUGGAAGGUAAACCAGUUGAGCAAUGGGGCAUUCUGGAUUUCACUAGUUUUGGGCCAUAUAAGUACAAAUUAAGAGGUAAGGAAUUCAUUCAAAAGCUUAUAGGUAAAUACCAGAAAUUGGGUAUAUACAUGCAGGAGCCCAUUUGUUAUGAAGAAUCUUCAAUGAAGAUACUUGCCACUUAUGAUUUGCUAUCUGAAUUACUUGAAAAAAUUAACAAUAUUUGUAAAUAUAACCAAGGCCACCUGCAAUUUCUUCUCUGUGUAAUGGCUAGAAAAAGCCCAGGUUAUAAGUACCUCAAGUGGAUUUCUGAGACCAAACUUGGGUUAGUGACACAAUGCUGCUUGUCUAAUAGUGCUAAUGAAGGGGAGGACAAAUUUUAUACUAAUCUUGCUCUUAAGAUCAAUGCCAAGCUUGGAGGCAGUAACGUGGAGCUCAGUAAUGGACUUCCUUACUUUGAGGGUGAAGGACAUGUUAUGUUUUUAGGGGCUGAUGUCAAUCAUCCUGGUUAUCGGGACACCAGAAGUCCAUCAAUUACUGCUGUGGUUGCUACUGUUAAUUGGCCUGCUGCAAAUCGUUAUGCAGCACGUGUUUUCCCACAAUACAAUCGAAGCGAGAAAAUAUUGAACUUUGGGGAGGUUUGUCUUGACCUUGUUGCAUGUUACAGGAGGAUGAAUGGAGUUAGGCCAGAAAGAAUUGUUAUUUUCCGUGAUGGGGUGAGUGAGUACCAGUUUGACAUGGUUCUUAAUGAGGAGCUACUAGAUUUGAAGAGAGUAUUUCAAAGAGUAAAUUACUUUCCAACAAUCACUCUCAUUGUAGCACAAAAGCGACAUCAAACUCGAUUUUUCCCAGAGGGUUGGAGGGAUGGGUCUUCCAGUGGCAAUAUCUUGCCAGGAACUAUUGUGGACACAAAAGUUACACACCCUUUUGAGUUUGACUUUUACCUUUGUAGUUACUAUGGAAACUUGGGUACAAGCAAGCCCACUCAUUACCAUGUUUUAUGGGAUGAACACAAGUUUACAUCUGAUGAAUUGCAGAAGCUCAUAUACGAGAUGUGUUUUACCUUUGCAAAGUGCACUAAACCUGUAUCUUUAGUUCCUCCUGUGUAUUAUGCUGACCUUGCUGCUUAUAGAGGACGAUUAUAUCAUGACGCAAGGAUUGGGGUGCAGUCUGUGAAGUCAACAUCUUCAUCUUCUAAAGAUGCUUCAUCAGCUUCACGAUCAGCUUCAUUUGAACAGGGAUUUUACACGUUGCAUGCUGACCUGGAAAACAUAAUGUUCUUCAUCUAAAGAACUUGGUUGUCCACUCUUUCUGAAGUUGGGGAAAAGCUUAAAACUUCUCUCCUGUCUACAAAUGUAUUGCAUAUUCUGCCUUUCCUGUUUAAAAUAGUGAAGAAGUUUGUGCGCGAAUCUAAUGAGUUGUGUCCUGAAACCGUCGUCUGUUUUCUAUUAUACUUUUAAUUUUUAUUCCCACUCAUUGGUAGGCUCUAAUCAACUCGCCACACUAGAGUUUAAAGUAGGUCUAGUAAUUUUUUUAUCUUUAAAUGAGCUCACAGUUAGGCACCCAUUUCAUUUCCUGCACCUUGAGAUAUGAUGUAUAGCAUUAAAUCUGACCGCCAAUGAGUGCGAAUUAAAACAACUGUCUAACAUCAAGCUCUAAUUGCUUGCUGAAAAUUGGCAAUCCGUUUUUCCUUUCUAGACUUCAUACUUUUCAUUCUUGAAGUAACUCAAUUUUCCAUGCUUUCUUUUUAAUUCAGUAUUUAUUCUUUUU